AUGCAGUCAUUCAGCAACCAACGCCCUUUUACACCUCGGCACUUGAGCAUCUCAGCGACUCAUUCAUCUCGUAGCAAGCAAAUCUCUGCAACUCGUUCAUCGUCCUUGUUUUUCAGAAGCUCGGAGCCCAGCCUCUCUCUUUUCCUCUUGAAAUUCAACGGCAGUGGAGAAAGUGACUAUCAAGCGCUUGAGAACCAGUGGCCUCGAUUUUGGUCCCGGCAGACCCUUGGGCUCUGGCCACAGGUAGCACCGAUUCUCACCUUCAUUCAAGCCAAUGUUCGCAUAGUUGGAAAAACGCACAAUUUUCCUACUCUGUUCAUCUGGCAUUCAAAAGAGACUCAUCGCUCCUUCUUCUUCUUUGCUUUCGUCCAUGUCAAAAUGGUCUCUAGGACCUAUACUGUCCGUGAGCUUUUGCGAAUGAGACAAGUCUUCACCGAUAAAGACUUGUAUAACAAAUUGUUCGAGAAAUUGCGCAAAGAUCGUGAUCUUGGCGAAAUAUUUCGCAUGUCUUCCGAACGAUCGCUUCCCCUCAUUGUGGAGGAAGAAAUGCUGGAUAAGACAGCAGAUGACGCCAGUGCUGCCCAGGAGUCAUCUGUCCGCCAACUCGACGGCACUGAUGCCGAAUGGAAGUAUCGCGGCCGGACCGAGUCCGAACACGGAGAACAUCAACCUAUUGGGGCCCCGGCUGGCCUUUCUGCCCAGAAGGACGAAGGCUUCCAGAGAUUCUACAAGGCUGUAGUCUCUCCUACUCACGUUCGUGUUACUGCCGGUGGCCGCAUUGUUCCCAACACUCGAGGCUCGUCAUCGCCCACAGCCAAGUGGGCAAAGGAAAAACCCGGAGGUGACGGCUCUAAUCUUCAGCGGCCAGCUGGUCAUUUAUACGGCAGUAUGUCAGGCAUACCGGUCCCAGCUACCUUGACGCAUCCCAGUUUUGGCCCGUUCCCUCCUCUGUUUCCUGGAUUUGUCCCCAGCAUGCAGCCUGGGGUUGCCCCUGGUCCUGCACCACCUUUUGCCAUGAUGCCUUGGCAGAUGGGCCUGAGCAUGGGCGCCUCUUAUGCCAUGGUCCAGACAAAUCCGUCUCAAGUUCAUCAGCCCAAGCCAUCGGUUAAAGCACCAACUACAUCCGGAACUGGUGAGAAGGAGGACUACAGCGCCAACCCCGAGACCUCUAGCUCCCUUCGCGUCUCGCCGCCUGAACACUUUGAUCACAACCGCCCGUUCUUCUUCAAUGGCCAAUGGGUCAUGCCCCCUGGAGGCUCUUUUUAUCCCUACGGAGUGGGACCUAUACCGGGCUUUCCCAUAUCUGGCGUUGGUGGUCCAGCCAUCAUGCCUUCGAGAUUCGCCUUGCCUCCCAUGAUGCAUCCUACCCCGACAAAACUGGACCAGGCUAUGCACGCUCAAGUGGCUUCAUCUUCAAGUGCUCCGAGCGUCGCUGGGCAGUCACCUGUGCCUAUCUCUUCUAUUCGACCUAGUGACAUAACUAGGAAACAAAUCGAGGUUCUCAAGUCCUCACUCAGAUAUUUUGAAGAUCAGUUGCAGUACAACAAGCAUCAGAUCGACGAAAAGGCAAUGGAAAGUCAGGCUGAUAUGAUUCGCCAGCAGAUUCAGCAGUUCGAAAAGAACUUGAAGGCUCAGCUCGAAAGUGAACAGGCUCACUAUGUUGUGCCUGAGCAACAAAAACACCAUGCUGGCUUGACGCCUCAGCAUGAGGGGAAAGAGUCGGCUUGCUCUACGGCAAACGACGUUAGGUCGGAAGGCGACUCGAGUCAAUCCUUCACAUCCCAUGGAAUGCUUGUUCAUCCGCAGCCAGGGAAGCCUCAGAAGGCUCUAGAGCCGCUUGGGCCUCAGCUCUCAUCAGCCUUGAGGCAAGUCAAAUCCGCAUCAGCUCCUGCCUCUGCCAAGAUCACGCCAGAAUCCUCGGAAGGAAAUGAACCAAUCAAAAAGUCCUCAACAUUACCUGUGAGCGCUGCGCUGGCACCCCCUUUUCAUCCUCGGGCAGAUAGCGCCGCGUCAGUACCAGUCCCACCCACCAACUUGCGGGUGUCGUCGAGGUGCUCAACUGAAGACAGUGGCUUCUCUGCCGUUGCAGAAGUUCCGACGGCCUCUUUGGAGUCGGCGGGCUCGCUUGAAAAGCCGUACUUGGUGGGAAGACUUCCCGAUGCCAGCCGGCAGGAGUCAACAACGACUGGGUAUUUGUACAGUCGAGAACUGACGGAAGAUGAAUUACGAGCACGUCACAUGUACUGGGGCAAAGCACCUCGCCAUCUUCAAAAGGGACUUCCCAAGUUUGACGGCAAAGAUUUCUACCCACCCUCUCCUCAAAAACGCCACUCUUCAAUGUAUACCACGGAUGCUGCAGUAUCCUUGCCAGCAAUCCCGUCUGUUGACGCCGGACCGAACCACUCUUUGGCCGCACCGGUCGCCAAUAUAGAUCCCUUCCACUCCUUGGAAAUACCAAGCCAGCGCCCACUGCGAAACGUUAUGGGAGCCGCGACACAGUCGGAAAAUUUGUCCGGUUCUGAUCAGCUGUCUGAGUCGGGGUUCCAAGGUCAACAUGGGGUGUCCCUGAGUUGUGGAUCGGCCGGCCGUAGCUAUGAAGAUUUUCGCAAAGCCUUGCAAAGUAAUACAAGCUUGUCCCCGGAUGGCGGCAAAGAAAAAUCUUCAGAUGAAGGGGAUGAAGGCUCAAACAUUUUGUUUCGUGGAAGAAAGUAUAUGGCUACGAACGGGAAGAAUCGACACGAAAUAUGGCAAAGAGUUUGGAAACGGAACAAGGCGAGCGCGACAGCCGUUCCUGGGACCGUAUCUUCAAUGACGGCGAAAGGCGUGCUGCCCAAUUAUGCUGGUCACGCAACUGCAUCCCUCGCACCAGCCAUUGCGCAUUCAUCCAGUUCGCCAAAGGGGUCGUCCUCUAAGCCUACCCCAGUCGCCGAUUUUUCCACGCCAAACGCUCGGCAUGACAAGACGGGAAACCGUCCAAUAAUCGCUGUCGGGGCCAAAGAAGCCUCUUGA